AUGUGGACAACCAGAUCUUUGUUCAGAACUCCUCGGAGAGGGUUCUUUUGGAGGACUCCAAAACCAAAGCUCCCUCCAAAGCCUGAUCUUUACAAAGUACUUGGCGUUGAUAAGAAGGCCACACAAAGACAGAUCAAAAUGGCAUAUUUUGAGAAAGCCAAGAUGCAUCAUCCUGACGUGAGUAAAUCAGGAGAUACCUCUGAAUAUAACUUUGAGAUGAUUAAUGAAGCAUAUCAGACCCUGAAUGAUCCUAAGAAACGGAAGACUUACAAUGUUACAGGGCUUUUCUCCCAUGAGCAGGAGCAAGGCAUGAGCGAUGACUCAGACGCCUCCGAUUUCUCAGACGAGACAAUUAAGAGGAAACCUUUAUUACAAGAAAUUCAUGAUAAAUUUCCAGCCUACAAGAGGAUGUUUCAGUAUAAUUCUAAUGCGGCUGAGUCUCUUUUAAACCAGAAGUUUGGGGCUGUUGACUCCAUAGGUAGAGGACUUACACUAAAAACUGAUCACGAGCCCAACAUUGUUCGAAAUGUCACCCUUGACUUUGAAGAAUUAGCAGAACUAAUGAGGAAGGAGGAUCCCAACGAGCAAUUCUUAGAACGAGAGUUAACCUACAAACGGUUCGUACUGUGCCAUGACUGCGGGGGUGGGCUCAUUGCUAAAGGUGCUUAUCACCAUUUAUGAGACUCAUGAGAUGGAGAGAGCUACAGAUUUGAAGAAACUGACUAUGGACCUGAUUUCUUUGAUUGCUUAUCUUGUAAAGGAACAGGAAUUAUUAUAAAAGACGUAUGAAAGACAUGAGAAGCAAAAGGAGUCCUGACCCAGCAAGAGAAGUUAAGAGUAAAAAUACCAGCAGGCGUCAGGGAUGGAGAAUAUUUGAGAAUUAAAUAACCGAGGAAAUUUCUGAUCUGAUUUAUCAUACGGAGAUUUCUUCGUUAAAAUCAAUAUUUAUAAUAUUCCCAAGGAUUAUGAGAUUCAAGGUUACAACAUUGUGACCACCCAAAAAGUGCCAGUAGGAAAGGCUGUGCUUGGAGGGCAGGAAUACUUUAAUACAUUAUAUGGAGUUGUUUCAAGCCAUCUACCUCCAAGAGUUGAGCCGAAUAGAAAGUUUGAGUUAAAGGGAUAUGGACUACCAAUUCCUUACUCUAAUGGAAGAAAAGGAAAGCAUAUCUUCAUAAUUGAGUAUGUCAUGCCAUAG